AUGGGGAAGAUACUAGAAAAGGUUAUCAUCAACAGGAUCAGACACAGCCUACUCCCCAGGAUGAGCAGGAGGCAGUAUGGAUUCAUGCCAGGAAAGAGCACGGAGGAUGCCCUCUACGAUAUCCUGACAAAAGCGAGGAGCCACAUUAAAAACAAGGAAAUAGUGCUGAUGGUGUCGCUAGAUAUCGAGGGGGCUUUCGACAACGCAUGGUGGCCGGCGAUCAAGUACCAACUAGCAAAGAAAGACUGUCCCAAGCAACUAAGGCUGGUAGUGGAAGACUACUUCAAAGGCAGGAGGGUGGUGGUCCGCUACGCAAACAGAGAGCAUGUGAGGCAACCUGAAAAGGGAUGCAUUCAGGGCUCGAUUAGCGGCCCCACCUUCUUCUUCGGCGGAACAUCUUGCUCGACCCACUACUGGUCGAACUAG